UGAUUGAUUUUCUAUUUGUUUUGAUCUCCGAUCAUUUCGUAGUUUUUCUCAUCGCAUCGGAGAGAAUAGACGAACGUAAUCAUGUGGGACGAGGAGACGGAGACGGAGUGCGUCAGCGAUAUAGUGAGGCUGACGGCUUGGAAAGCUUCAGAUACCUAUGGAGUCCUUUACAAUGAGCUUAUGCAGGAAGUCAAACAUUCUGCGCCGGGCGCUAGGCUCUCGGCUCGAUUGAGAACUGCACUUGAAAGACUAUCACCCGACGACCGGCGUCUGCUCUGCUCCCGUACCCGAGACGGCUGUGCCCCACUCUUCAUCGCCUGUCGCCGUGGCAACCUGGAGGCCGUGGAGUAUCUGGUCCACGUCUGCAAUGCUGAUCUGGAACAGCGUGGGGUUUACGAGGUGAGGGUACCAGACGAGCGUUCAGUGCACUGCGUGACAGCGUUAUGGUGCGCAGCUGUGGCCGGCCAUUUGCCGGUUCUGAGGGCUUUGGCUGACGCCGGAGCUAAGUUAGAUGCUGGCUCAGAUUCUGGGUCUACCCCAGUCCGGAGCGCCUGUUUCAUGACACACCUGGAUAUCGUCAAAUUUCUAGUGGAACGCGGCGCCGACAUACACCGGCCGAACCACAAUGGCGGGACGUGCCUCAUUAAUUCCGUACAGUCUUUGCGGCUUUGCACGUAUCUGAUCGACCAUGGGGCUGAGGUCGACGCAACAGACAUGCAACACAAAACCGCCCUGCACUACGCUAUCCAAGAGCACCGUCUUGAAACAGCUCGUCUACUGUUGGCUAGAGGAGCUGACCCGCGCCUUACCUCUCGUGCUGGUGACGAUGCAUUACGCACUGCUGCUUUAAAAGGAGCUAGUCAAGUAGUGGCAUUGCUAGCGGCGCGCGUCCGCUACGGGCCCUCCCGCCUCGCCGACGCAUACGAACUGUUAGGAGCCACUCAACUGGAUGAAUUCAACGACGUAUCAGCCUGCCUGGCCGCUUGGAGACGGGCUACAGCUCUGAGACACGCUACAGGGACUUAUGUGCCUAAAGUACCUGAACAGGAGCCGCGCAAAGCCCUGCUGUACAUGCGCGAAUGGCGCACUAUGGCCGAGCUGGAAGCGUGCGCGGCCGACGCUGAUACUCUGCGCAUACAGGCGUUGCUGGUUUGUUGCCGUGUGCUGGGCAAGGAGCAUAAAGAACAUGUUUUCCGACUCAUGUACCGCGGAGCGUCGUACGCUGAUUCGUUCCGAUACCAACGCUGCAUCGACCUGUGGACAUGGGCGCUCGAGAUACGACUUGAGAAGGACUCUAUUCUGUACCCUGACACUUGCCACACAGCGUGCGCCUUGUCACGAUUACUGCUUGACGCUCGGGGCGCACUCCCCGCCCAGCCUCACGAAGAUGUAGUACACAUUGCUGAACUACUGAUGAACUCACUGCCAGAGGCCCGCGAAUGGCUAGUCCCCCGGCCCGUGUUCAAGAAGCAAGCGGACACAUUCGACCGCGCGCUGCGCUGCCUCGCACACCUUCUACAUCUGAUGCUCGACACUGCCACUACUGAUGAAGAGAGGACUCUUGCACAUCGUCGAAUGCGGCGCGUAGUCGAACUGCAGCUCCGGUCGGCGCACACCUGCGACACACUACUGCACCUCUCCGUGUCCCGGUUGACUGUGAUCCGCUCCUCUUAUUGCGGAGAGGAUGCGGGCGCGUUGUUCCCUAGCGCGAGCCUGGCUAGGGCCUUAUUAUCUGCAGGAGCCGACCCCCUCCGUCGCAAUACAGCCCGCUGCACCGCGCUCCACGUGGCUGUCCUGCCAUACAACUUCAGCUCAACUCUAGUCGAAGCUCUACUCGCCAGCGGAGCGCACCUCGACCAACCGAACAAAUUCGGAGACUCCGCGAGAGAACUACUAGCACUCAACUCUAAGAGUAACGUAAGGCCGCUAAGACAUAUCACUCUAGCGUGUUUGGCCGCUAGAGCCCUGUGCAAGUAUAACCCGAGUUUGUGUUUAGAAUCACCCAUGAUACCGCGACAUCUGGUUCAGUUUCUUGAUUUACAUCGCCCUUAGAUUCUUUUAGUUAAUUUCUAGUAGAAGCCGGACUUCUUUACCGAAUAAAAUCGAUUUUUCUGCACGUCAUUUUUGUGGCACAGUUAUUUCAUUACAAAUACAUUUUGCAAGAAGUUCUUGGAUUUACAUCGCCCUUAGAGUUUUUCAGUUACUCUUUAUAAACCCUGAUUUACCAACACAAGUUCGACUCAGCGAGGGAGCUGCUAGCGCUCCACGCUAAAAGUAACGUGCGACCGCUAUGACAUAACCUUAGGCGCGCCAUGAUACCAAGACAUCUGAUUCAAUUUCUUGAUUCACGUCCUUAGAUUUUUUCACUUUUUUAGUAGAAACGCUGCUUAUUGACAAAAUAAAAUCCAUUUUUCCGCAUGCCAUCCGUGUGAUCACACAGAUGUAGUGCGGAAAGAUUUGCCUUCGUAUUGUUACGGAAACAUACGAACGUGUCAUGUUAUUUCAGUCAGUGUCAGUACAAGAUUUACUGACAUUGACUGAACUAGCAUGACAAAUACGAACGUUUCCGAAAAAAUACGAAGGAAACCAUUUUCGCACCACAUCUAUACGUCAUUACUCAUUACAGUUACAUUUUGCAAGAUGUUCUUGGAUUUACUCUUAGAUUUUUUUAAAUUUCUGUUAUUGUUAUAAAGUUUUAGGCGAUUUAAAUUUUACUUUUUUCAAGAUUUAGCACAUUUCAAUGUCAUCGCAUUGUAUUUUUAUCAAAAUCAAUUUCGCCACAUAAAUAUCAUCUGUGUUUGCUAACAGCCAUUUCUCGGAGCUACAAGUUGCAAUUUACAAGUGGAUGUCAAUGUCUAAUAUGACAAGUUGGAAAGAGACUUCCGCUUGUAACUUGUAACUUUCAGUUUUGAGAAAUGGGCUGACAGGUCAUUACAAUCAUAUUACUUGCAUGAAUACUAAGUUCUAUUUAUAUUCGAUGUCAAUAACUUAAGUACUUUCCUGAGAUACUCUAAUCAACAUGUAUAAGAUUCUUGUAUGCCAAUAUUACCGCCGUAUGAAUGUUAGAAAUUAAAAUACUUAGAAUUUCUGUGAAAAUGAAAUGGCAGAAUCGUUGAAAACUUCUGUUGAUUGAUCUAAUUGUGAUAUUUUAGAAAAAAAUCUCGUUAUAAGAGACUGAAAUUGAUCAAAUUAUCUUAAAUAUAAAUAUAUUGUAGGUUAAAUUUCGUGUAAAUUAUUGUUUUUUCGACGUUCUCAAAUCACUACAUUUAUUUUGUAUAACCUUCAUAAGCUUAUAACUAAUGUAAAGUAAUGAAUCAUUUAAAACUACAAAUGUAAAAAAUAUGAAUCAUUUAAAACUACAAAUAUAAUACUGGAUUUUCUAAAUACUUCUAUGAAAUAUUUUCAGAAUAAUCUAGCUAUCACAUAUGGACGUAUAAACGCGUCGAAAUUCUCUGUCCCGAUCUUGUUAACGGGCCUAGCACGGGGCGUCCCUAUCGCACUUACAAAUAGUGCGAAAAGAACGGCCUAACGCGAUAAAGUUUAUCACGCUAGUGUGCUAGGUCCGCAAGACUAAUUAUUUUAAUAUAUCUUGAUAAAAUACUGUCAGUAUUUAAAUGUGAUCAUUUACAGAUCUAUUAUAAAUGUAGUCAUUUUGGAAAACGUCGCGAGCUAUGUAACUCCUAGAGCCAUCAGUGUAUACCAAAAUAGUCAUUCAUGUAACUGUAUGUAUGUUUCCUACAUUAGAGCGGUAUAACCGUCGUUGAUUUCAUGAAAAUUUCAUAUAAUAUACUUUAGUCAGUGUUUUUGACACCCAACGAUUUUGACAGUUUCGCCGAUGCAAAUUUGCGAGUGUGUUUAGUAAAACGUCCCAUUUUUGUCGGUUACCAUUAAGGCGAGAUUUACUUGUAUCUUUAUAUGAAUAAACUGAUAAAGCGGCUUUAUAGCAAUCGACAAAGUGGGACUUUUCCCGUGC